AUGGCACAAAAUAAGAAUCUCAAUCUGGAAUUGAGUCUAAGCCAAUAUGUAGAAGAUGAUCCUUGGGUUUUAAAGAAGAAGCUAAGUGACUCUGAUCUUUACUAUAGCGCUCAACUCUAUUUACCGAAACAAGAGAUGGAACACUUUGUACUUCCGGAGAUGGAUCAUGACCUUGUCCGAAAAUUGGGAGCUGGCGUUGAGGUCAAAGUCAGAGAUGUUGACAGUGUUGACGAUUUUUACACAGUAAGACUUAAAGUACGCAACGGCCAGUAUUAUCUCGGAAAAGGAUGGGGCCUCAUCAAAAAUGCCAAGGUUUUAAACACAGGAGAUCAUAUUGGACUCUUUUGGGAUAAGUUGACAAGAGAAGUCAAGUUCAAGCAUUUCAAAUCUCAAUCAAUAACAAUGCAUCGCGAAGCGGGUACUACUUCGACACAGAAAAACGUAUUACAGAAGAAAUGA